CAUGAAAUAACAACAAAUCACAAAGAAAAUUUUUUUGCUUCUGGAUCAAUUUCUCAUCCUGAAUUGGAUGACGAAUUUUUCAAUUUGGAAGAAUUCAACAAGUACACUGUUGAAAAUAGAAUAAAUGAAGAUGGUGAUAACAAAGAUAGCAAUAAUAAUCCAUCCGAAAGUGAUGAGGAGGAAAUUGAUUAUUUUGCAGAUAUUACGUAUGAUGAAUUUUUUAAUCCACCUAAAAAGAAAUCAAAGUCUACUACUAAACCUAAGCCCAAGAAAAGUAAAGACACCGAUUCAGAACAAGAUUUAUCAAAUUCUGAAGAAAAUGAAAAGGUUUACGAUAGAAAUCAAGGAGAAAAAGGUUCCACCAAAAAUCUAGCAGCGAAAUUGGGUGAUUUAUUUGCGCAAGAUAAGGAUGAAAAGGAACAGACAGAAAUAAAAUCGUCCUUUCAGAAACAACAAGAGAAAAUACAAAAACAGAUUGAAAAAUUUGAGCAUGAAAAUAUUGCGGAGAAGGAUUGGACACUUGUAGGCGAGGCAUCUAGUAAAGAUCGGCCAUUGAAUAGUUUACUCGAGGAAGAUUUGGAAUUUGAUCAUGUUGUCAAGCCAGUUCCAGUUAUCACCGAAGUAAUUACCGAAAAAUUGGAAGACUUAAUAAAGCAAAGGAUAUUGGAUGGAACCUUCGAUGACGUAGAACGUAAAACCAGCUUUACGAUGCGCCCAUUCCUUCCAUCAAGUUUAAUAGAAUUAGAUCACGAAAAAUCGAAGAAAUCCUUAGCAGAAAUUUACGAAGACGAAUACGUAAAACAGACAAAUCCCAAUGAAUACGUCAGUGAAAAAGAUGAAAAACUGAAAUUGGAACAUCAAGAGAUUGAGAAUAUGUUUAGAGUAUUGUGCCGUAAAUUGGAUGCGUUGAGUAACUUUCAUUAUACACCAAAAAUGCCUAAACCGGAAAUUAAUGUCAUUUCUAAUGUGCCUGCUAUCACUAUGGAAGAAGUUAUCCCGGUGAAUGUGAAUGACGCGUCUUUGUUGGCACCGGAAGAAGUUUUUGAAAAGAAAAAGGGCGAAGUCAAGGGAGAAACUGAACUAGACUCUGCUGAGAAAAAACGGAUACGUGCUUCUAAAAAGCGAGCAAAAAGGAAGGCGAAUAAAAAGCGAGGGAAUGAGACCCGGCAAAAGUAA